AUGGAACAUUUCAAAUACUACAUGCUAUUUGCAUUAUUCAUCAUCAUCUCUAGCAUUCCAGGCUCCUUUUCUGAGAUCAAGAACACUCACAUUAUCGAUGAUUCGCGGUCGAUGAUCAUAUUCGAGCGUUUCGGAUUUGCAGAAGGUGGCAAGACGGCUAUUACCAUCAGGGAUAUUUCAUGGAAAACAAAACAACCAAAUGCAGAACUCAAACCUUCUUCCCUGGGAUUUUUCCUCGCCAGGGACAUUGCAUUUCCGAAAAUUGUGAAUGAGUCUGAGUACACUGCUGACUUUUGUGUUUUAUCAAGCAGGUAUGUGAAAUUGGUCUACAGAAUAGAAAAAUUUGUGCCUAAUUCAACCUAUGCCGGUUCUGUAGCCAUCGAUGAUCCUGAUGAAUAUAUUUUGCUUUUCGGAAACUGCCAGCCCGAAUUUCAGGUCUCCAUGGAUGUUGAAACUGAAAUGUAUAAUAUGAAAGAUGGUGCAAAAGAUUAUCUCCCUGCAGGGGAAACACAUUUACCAAAACUUCAUCUCAUUUUCUUCCUCAUUUACACAUGUUUUUUCGGUUUGUGGGUUUACAUUUGCAUCAAAGAAAGACAAACAGUUGAUAAAAUCCAUAUGAUAAUGGCUGCAUUGCUUCUUGUAAAGGCCCUGAAAAUGAUCUGUGCCUCCGAGGACAAAAUGUAUGUGAGCAAUACUGGAACUCCCCACGGUUGGGAUGUGGCAUUUUACAUUUUCGGAUUCUUCAAAGGCAUAAUGUUGUUCACUGUGAUAAUCCUGAUAGGCACUGGCUGGUCAUUCCUGAAACCAUACCUUCAGGAACGCGAAAAAAACGUUUUGAUGACAGUAAUUCCUUUACAGGUUCUGGAAAACAUAGCUUAUGUUGUGAUCAAUGAAACUGGACCUUCAACAAGAGAUUGGAUGGCCUGGAAUCAUAUGUUCUUGUUGAUUGAUAUCAUUUGUUGCUGUGCUGUAUUUUUUCCGAUAAUUUGGUCGAUAAGAAGCCUGAAAGAGGCAUCAAAAACAGAUGGAAAAGCGGCUAAGAACCUGGAAAAAUUAACCCUUUUCAAGCAAUUCUACAUUGUUGUGGUGGGAUAUUUAUAUUUCACAAGAAUUGUGGUUCCUGCAAUAGGGGCGACUGUAUAUUACAGAUAUGAAUGGAUUAUGAAUGCGGCGGCGGAGGGAGCGAGCCUGGCGUUUUAUAUGUUCAUUUACUACAAUUUUAGGCCGGUUGAGAAGAAUCCAUAUUUAGUGAUUGAUGAUGAAGAAGAGAGCGAAGCAGUAAGGCAAAUUUUGGAAGAGGAUGAUACUUUUGAACUUUGA